AUGGGGGUGGAGCUUGUGGUCAUGGGGGUGGGGCUUGUUGUCAUGGGGUUUUGGGUCGUAUGGGUCCUCUUCUGGAUCCACGACGUGUGGCGGAGCCUGGAGCAGAAGGGGCAGAGCCAGGAGCAGAGGGAGCGGGGCCAAGAACAGAAGAGGCGGAGCCUGGUGCAGAGGGGAAUGACAAACGUGGGUUGUGGGCGGAGCUUCGGGGGUUGUGAGCGGGGUUGUGGGCGGAGCUUCGGGGGUUGUGAACUGAGCUUCGGGGGUUGUGAGAGGAGCUUCGGGGGUUAUGGGCGGGGGCAGGUGGGAUAUGGGCAGAGCUUCGGGGGUUGUGUGCGGGGACAGGUGGGUUGUGUGCUGCGCUUCGUGUUCUUGUGA